CUGACGGCUGUUUGCGAGCUGCACUGGUGUGAGUGUCAUUCUAAGGGGCCAGUGUUGUCGAUGAGUACGGUUCAAGUGGGUAACUUCCAUACCGAACGGGGGUGAUUUUCGUCCGGACAUCGAGUGAAUCUGUUCGCACUGUUCCGUGGCUGCGACUGAAGAGCACGGCCGCCAUUGCUGCCAACCGAGCGGGUCGAAAUUGCCGUAGCCAGACUGAAAUUUCUUUGUCUCCCGUGUACGCAAGCAGCACUAGAGGACGACGACGUCGAUCGGUUUCUCCUACUGCACAGUUGUCUCCGUUUUGGAAGUUCAAAUCAAGCCUAAUCCGAGACGGAAAGUAUACCCAGAGACGCGUGAACAUAUUUGCAAGUGGUGCUGGACAUGAGUACGCAUCGCCGUGGUGAUCCCGAGCGAAAGUUUUCAGUUAUUUUGCGGACGAACAAAUUCAGACUGUAAAAACAACCACGAACAAUUUUCACGAAACGGUGUGUGUACGGGAGCGAAAGAGAGGUUUUUCGUUCUUUUUUUGCGGUACGUGGUUUGUGCUGCUGCGUGUGUAUGAGUAUGUGCAUGGACCAGUGCUUGCGUACGCGAAGGAAAGCCUAAUGUAAAAAGGAAGAGAGAAAAAAUACACACACCGAUUGUCCGGACAGUGUUGCCCGUCACAGCAAAUUCUUUCCCAUUGAGGAGGAUCCGUACUUGAACAUCGACGACGACGACGCCCGUCAGAGAUCGCUGUGUUGUGUUGGUGUGUUGAAACGGCGGUAGCACACGGUGUGCGUAUGGCUGCAUCUUCAUCACGGACCGUCGUGCUUAUGUGUUUUCAUCGAGUAUAGAUGUGAAUCUGUGAAGUAUCCAAGCGAUUGAGUGAGGAUAGAACGAGAGAUACAGGGCUUUGGUUAACGAGGAAAAAGUUUGGUUUCAACGGAUUGAACGGACGGAACCGUUGACUGAUUGCUUCCGGAUACAGCAGGACCCAGUAAGUUUGUUGCAACCGGGUUGCAAGAAAAUCUGCUGGAAUGUUCGACGGCCCUGCGGUCAGUUCGAACGCACACUUUUGGACAUUGUGAAGCGAAUGGAGUUGCUUGCUGGCAGUGGUAGCCAUACAGAGUGUUAAUAACCUCUUGAUGUGCAAGUUUUGCUCACUCUCUCUACCCGCUUACCUCACCACUGCGUUUGUUCUGCGUUACACGACGAAGUCUGGUUUGGUGAAAAUAAGAAAACGCUCGAGAAGCAGAUAAAUUAAUUUUAUUCGGAACUGAGAAAAUUCGUUGUUUACUAUUUGUGGGAAGUUGAUUGGAAAACAGUUGAACGGUGUCAUUCGAAGAAACAAGUAUCGCCGAGUCAUUGAGUACGGUUUUCGGUACGGUUCAAUCGGUCCGGUUGUCGGAUUGUCAGCAGCUAGCCAGCAGACAACCUCUGUGUACAAACACACACCGCACACGCGUGCUACUCUGUCUCCUGUCUAGCUAGUGAAGUGCGACAGUGUGUGUGUGUUGGCUGGCAGAUGAAGGCAAAGGCAAAGAAGCGUGUGAUGUUUUGCAUGAAGCCGCCGGUUAUGUAGUGGUACCAUCGAGACGCUUUGCCUGCACGACGGUGUGUUGGUGUAGUCCGUACUCCGUGCACGUACCUCUCUUGGGCCGCUGGUGUGACGAUACAAUAUUCCACAACCGUUCCCCCGAAAAACUGUGUACAAUAGGAAAAGGCGAAAAAAAUCAUGUUUUUCUAAACUAUUUCAAUCGAAUGGACAUUUGGCAUCGAUUGAAGACUGCGAUUAGAACCAGUGAACGGCAGUGACGACGGUUCGUUAGUCGGGUGAAAAAGGUUCCAACGGUGGACGGUGCAGAAUUGUGCAAGUUCCGUGUGCAAAUCGGGCUCAGGCUAGAAUCCAAAAACGCUCUCUUUCUCCGUUUGGUGAUUUCGAAGGCCCUUCGGGCAGCAACGACAGAGGCAGCAAAAGUGUGUACAGCUAAAUCGAGAAGAGGAGAAACGACGGCAUUGGAUAGAAAAAAAAACCUUCAACUGAAGGAAGGAACAUGGAAAAAAAACCUAUUUAUGUGAAAUGGAUGUAACUGAAUCUUAGGUGGAAACCUAGUCCCGAGUGUAAGAUUCGGACCGACAGCGGAGAAGGGAAAAAUUGUGCGUUUUAUCUCGAGCUUUCCGUAGCUUGUCACGCACGGUUACGACGACGACGACGUCGGCGGCGGCUGUGGCCAAGAAGACGGGGAAUGCGUUCCGCCAUUGAGUUUCAUUUGGGGCCUUUCUGCUACUGCUGCUGCGGGUGUGUUUAUGUGUGUAUACAAACGGCGGCGGUCUCGGCAGUGCUGAAAUAGAAAAUUAAAAAAAAACGCCAAGCAGAGAUUUCGAUUCCGAAGAAUCCGAAGCAAAGCCCUGCCCGCACUAGAAGAGUAGAGCAGGAUAGUGUGUGAGGAAAAAAAAAGAAAUUCGAAAUUACGGAAAUUUGGUUCGAUAUUACGCAGGAAGUAUUCCGGAUCCUUGCGCGAAGAUUUAUCAGGAAAGAAACGGGUUGUGUGUGUGCGUGUCUUUCUCUCUCUCUGUAUCCCUUCGAUCGAAGUGACGUGAAAAGAAAGAUGAAGUAACAGGAAAACGGCACACGGGGAAUAAUCAAUCAAAUGGGCUGCCAUCCGCGGGCAUCCAUCAAUAAAUUCGUCAUCAGCGUUUAGAGGAAACCGGAAGGACGACACCCGAAGCAAGCAAGCAGCACGGAAGUGUCAACCAAGUGAUUAGUGCGUGUAUUUUGCCCGUGCAAACGUGUACUAGUGUGUGUGUGUGUGUGUGUAUGCACGUCUCUCCAUUGUUAUCUGAAAUCGAUUGACGACGACACAGCGCUUGUCAACUGUUCCUUGAUCGAAAAAAAAGAAAAUAAUUUGUCUGCCGAUUAAGCAAAAAUUAUUAUAGAAGCAAAACGUGUAAAAUUUAGUGAUAAGGACCGCGUUUUGCUCGAAAGAAAGUGUCGAAAUCAAAUGUGUGUGAAGCAACAUCAACAUCAACAAAAGCUCGAAAAAGUGGUCCCCCGUAGUCAAUAAUGUAUCCCAGGUGUUGCGGGGUCAAGCCAUGGAAAUAGAUGUGAAGCAGAGUAAGCAGCGCAACAAACGACGGGAACGGGCCCAACGUAUGAUAGCCGAGCGGGAUAAGGAUGCCGCCACCGAUGGUGCUGCUACUGUUGCUGCUGGUGGUGCUAGUACCGUGGGGACCGGUGGUCCCGGCGGUUGUGGUAUCGAUCCGGACGACAGUGCCGACGAGGAUAUGCCGGUAAGCCGGGAGAAGCCCCCACGGCCCACGGUGCGACGCAAGCGAAAGGAAAAGGAUCCCUCGCCGAUUCUCGAGGAGGACAUUGUCGACGGUUUCGCAUUCCUCGCAUUCAAGACGUACGAGGACUUAGAGUUCGCCAUCAAACUUGCCAACAAGCGCAACGAAAAGCGGCUCUCGUCGAUCGUCGAACUAACGUCGAUCAUGGUGGACGACAAACCACCGAAGAUAAUCGACACGACGGCUCAGAAGCUCGACCAGCAGAAGGCGGCCGAAGCGGCCUGGUCGUCGGCGGCUGCGACGGUUACUGCCGGCACGGUCACGUCCAACAACGGUACCGGCGGUGUCGGUGGUGGUGGUAAUCCACCGAACGGUACGACUCCCGGUGCCGCAGCAGCAGCAGCAGCUGUUGCUACUGUCGGCGCCGGUAGUGGUGGUAGUGUUAUCAAUGGCAGCAGCUGCAGUAGUAGUAGUAGUAGCAGCAGUAGCAGUAUCAGUAGCAGUCUGGGAGGUACCAGCAAUACUAGCGGCCUAGCCGUCGGUAGCAGCAACAGCAACGGAAGCAGCAGUAGUAGCCUCAGUGCUAUUAGUUCCGGUAUCAGCAGUAGCAGCAGCAGUAGUAGCAGUAGCAGUAGUGGUAUCGGAAGCAGUAUUAGCAGCAGUGCGGUCAGUGUUAAUCACACCAACCACAAUCUUUCGCUGCCACCGAAUGUCGACCCGGGAACCUCGGACGACAGUGGCCGAGCUUCGGAACGGCUCACCACCUCGUCGGUAGCCCAGCGGGAUGCGGACAGCUCGCGGGACCGGCUCAGCGAUGCCAGCAGCCGGUGCAGUUCCGGCAAAGGAUAUAUCUGUGAUAGUGAGGGAGACGAUGAUAAGGGUUCUGAUGGAGGGUCAGUUGUGUUCGCGUCCACGCCCCAAACGCAACCGGCACAGGCGGUGCCACCGGUGGCGGCCGCGGCUCCCAGUCCAGCAGCGGUACCUCGCAAGUCGGACUUCCCACCGACUGGGCUGCCCCUGAGCAAUGGUCCGCUGGCCGGACUGGCCGGCAGUGCUAGCCCGGUGCCGGUUCCACCCGGAGCCAGUGCAGCAGGUCCUGCUCCACCGGCACCGUCCCCAGCGCCAGCAGCGCUUCCACCACCAAGCCUGCCACCGCCUUAUCCUACGACACCGAUGCAGGUAUCCAAUGGUCCGAUAGGAACCCACCUGACACCGAUUGGAGGUCAUCCGGCUGUUGGUGUGGCGUCACCUCAGUCACAGCAAGCCGUGGCAUCACCCCAGCAACCGCAGCCACCUGCGUCACCACAGACGGCAGGACUGAGCAGUAAGCCACUGUUGCCAACGGCAUCCGCUAAAAUUCCGGCAACGGCCGGUACCGGUAUCAGUCCGUUAAGUACAACAACGGCGGCGGCGACGGUAACCGCAGCCCUGUCGGCGGCGGUGGUGGGACCCGGGAAACAAGGUUCCAAUCCUCAAUCGCCGCUGCAGCAAGCUAUGGCAGGAUCCGUUCCGUCACCGGCAAUGCAGCAACCGCCGACGACACCACAAUCUCAGCCGCCGCCUUCACCCCAGCAGCCGCCUCCGCAGCACAACAGUAACAGUAACAGCAGCAGCAGUAACAGUGGAAGUGUGAAGCCUUCAUCAGUUCCGAGUUUUAUCGGAGCUGGUUCCUCAUUUGCACCCUCGACGACGGCGGCAGCUCCUCUACCGAAUGGUCUUCCGCUGGUAACGGGACCAACCAAUCUCUCGAACAGUGGACUAGGCCCGACCAGUGGAGGCCAACCGUUACACAGUAAUAGCAGCAGUAACAACAGUGCAGCGCCAUCUUCACUGCCGCUGAAUGUACCGCACACCCCCCCGGCAGCAACACCGGCCAGCGGACAAAGUCCGGCCAUUCAUCCAUCGGUGGAAAGUUCGCUGGCAGCACUGCGAACCCACAGUCCGGUAGUGGCAACCAGUGCUGCACUUUCGGCGGCCGUUACGCCAACCGGUUUACUGAAUGGAUCUCACAUGACCCACCCGGGAAUGCCACACUCGGCAUCGAUGAUGAUGCAAAACGGCAUGGGCAGUUUACCGCACUACCGGACGGCGUACCCGGGCUAUCCACCACUCUACUCACCGUACGGGGCCUAUGGAAAUCCGUAUCUGUCACCAUCGGUGGCCCCACCAAACCUAUCGCCUCGAAUGCAUCCGGUUGGUCCUCCCGGACUCGGUGGAUUACCGCCAUCUAUGAUCGGACUUGGCCUAAUGGACUCUCGGUUGCAACCGCCCAUGUCCGGAGCUAACGGUAGUCCGUCUCAGCUGCGCGAUCGCGAUGCGUCUCCAAUGGGACAACCACCGUCGAAAACGGUCCGGCCUAUGACACCGAACACCAACAGUAAUGGCAGCAAUAGUAACUCAUCGUCGGCUCCGUCAGCAGCUACGGUUGGCGGCGGCGGGCCACAUAUUCCUUCACCGCACGGGAUGAACUCGACGGUUCCACCCGGGGCGACACCUCCGACAUCCCACCAACAACCUCCAUCUCAGCUGACGCAUCCCGGAACGCAAUCCGGUACCUCCUCCCAUCUGUUACCUCCUCAUCAUCUGGCAGCAGCAGCAGCAGCAUCACAGCAACCACCUCCGCUCUCUCAUCAGCAGCCGCCACCGCAUUUAGUGGGACCUUCCUCGCAUCAUCCGCUAGCGGUGGGACCACACUCCACCGGGAUGCCCACGGGAAGUCAUCAUCUACCACCAUCAGCUUCCCACCAUCCGCCUACCAGCAACAACAGCAGUAGCAGCAUGGGCAGCGGCGGCAGUAGUAGCAGUAGUAGUAAUAGUAAUAGCAAUAAUACCCAUCCACCACAUCCGGCUUCCAGUAGCAUGGCACGAACGCACUCCCCGCGCGGUCAUAGUCCCAAUAGAGAAAGAGAUAGUUAUAGUAGUAACGUAAGUAGUUUAUCCCGGUCGACACCCGGUUCGGCACUACCGUACGGCAGUGGUGGCAGCAGCACGAGUAGUACCAGUACCGGUGGUCCACCGCCGGGUCCGUCUCCAACGCUUCCUUACAAUUCGGCUGGUCCACCUGCACUCUCCUCACCGGCGGCGGUGGCACUGUCGUCCGUUUCGGCAGCACAGUCGGCCGUUUCUUCUAGUCUUACCUAUCCGAAACCUUCGCUAGCGACGGGCACCAGCACCAGUUCUAGCGGUACCAGCGGCAGUUUACCACCGACCGGUCCACCCGGUUGGCAUCCAUCGAUGGCACCGUCCGGAUUGAUCAGUUCGGCAUCGGUACCAUCCUCGCACUCACCGGCGGCUUCUUCGGCGGCGGGUUCUGGUGGUGGUGCCAACGGAAAUACUAGUUCUUCCUCACAACUGCGACCAACUCCUCCGUUACCUUCUGCCUCGUCCGCUGGAGCCACACCAACGACGCUCUCUGCCGUACCACCAACAUCCUUCCCGGUGCCACUGUUUACGGCACCGUUACCACCACCGGCUGUUUCGACCGCCAACAAUACACCCUCGCAACAACAACAACAACAACCGUCAGCACCACUGCCGUUUUCGGCCGAGUCGCUGUUUUCAACGAAAGUUCCCGACCAGGCGGAUAUGCUGCGACGUGAGCUUGACAAUCGGUUUCUGGAUCGAAGUGGGUUGAGUUCGGUACCACAAUCGCCAUACCUGCGGCAGGAGUUACAUCAUCACCAGCAUCAACAUACGCACCUUCACCAGCAUCAACAUCAACAUCAGCAUCAACCGAUCCUACCGACGGCGGCAGCGGCUACGCCUGCCCUGUUCCCUCCACCGCUGUUUAAAGAUGUACCGAAAAUCGGAGCCGUAGAUUCACCCUUCUACCGGACAGGACUCGGUAUGCCCGCCUAUCCCGGUUACGCCCCCGGAAUGCUUCAUCCGGGCCUUAGCGGUCCGACUCAGUUCGUUCCACCAAGUCACCUACAAUCGUUCGUUCCGAAGCAACAGGCGCCUCCGGUUGACCCGAACAAGAAGAAAACUGGCAAAUGGAACGCCAUGCACGUGCGGAUAGCGUGGGAAAUCUAUCACCACCAGGCCAAACAGAACCCGGACAAGGCCGCAUCGAUGAAGACGGCUUCGGAAAUGCUGCGGCCACCGUCCCACAUGUACCCACCGUCGGCCGCGGCUGCGGCAGCCGCUGCCGGGCUGGUCCGACCGCACGAUCUACCGCCGGCCGGUUAUCCGCCGAGUGGGAUGCCCGGACGACCCGGACCGUACGAAUCGGCACCACUGCCGCCCAGUUUUAUCGGAUCGGCUGCUAGUCAUUUAGGUGUCUCCCCCUUCGGACGGUACGCAUCGCCGUACGGUGCCUCACCCUUCGGUGGCCUGUCACCUUUUUCGCGCGAAAUGAGCAUGGGAUCUCAGAUGCCCGGUUCGCUACACGACCCGUGGAGAAGAAUCCUUUCCAGUGCAAUACCACGCAGUGUGGGUACGUAUCAGGCGGCGCCACCACCAGGAGCGGGCGGAGUGUGGCCACCGGCAAUCAAGCAAGAUCCGAGUAUAGCGGCGGAAACGGCACGCCGAGAGGCGGAAGAGCGCGAACGGCAACGGGAGCGGGAAGAGCGCGAACGAGAACGGCAGCGACGAGAACGGGAGGAACGUGAGAAACAACGCGAGCGAGAACGUGAAGAGAAACUACGGAAGGAACAGCAGGAACGAGAGCGCGAACGUGAACGCGAACGGGAACGGGAACGAAAGGAGAAGGAACGACGAGAAAUGGAACGACGGGAGAUGGAACGGGAACGGAUGUUACAACAACAGCAGCGAGAAUCAAAAGCGGCUGCUGCAGCGGCCAGUGCGAAUUCGAUGGUACGAGAUCGAUCUCCUCUGCGAAAUGGAACGGAUCUCGAUAUCCGGAUCAAGGAGGAACCUCGAAAGGACGAAGAAAUGAUGAUGCGAAGUCAGGCAGCUGCAGUAGCGGCAGCCUCGGAUCCUCGCUAUCACCCGUCUAUGAUGCCUCAUCCGUACAUGACCAGUCGACACGCGCACAUGCUGCCCGGUGCACAAUUCUCCCGAUCGAUGCUACCGCCAUCAAUGGGCAUACCAUCGCACUUCCCACCACCGGGACCGUGGGGACCACCCGAUCCCUUCCGAGACUAUCGUUUGGAAUCCCUGCAUCAACUUCGAUACAAUCCACUUAUGGACGUGUACCGGGCGGAGGAAGCCAAGGCAUCUCUGCUGUAUGCGGCCCAAUCGGCAGCACACUAUCGAAGUAAGGAACCAAGUCCAGUUCCACCACCACCUUCUCAUCACCGGAUGCAGCAGGGACCUCCCGGUGGACCGGGUGGCCCAACGGGUGCUCCCCCUGGUAGUCUGAAACCACCUUCCUCACAUCUGGGACCACCACAGAACGGUCCGGGACCGGGUGGACCACAAGGAACACCGGGAGGACCACCACCUGGAUCCGUUCCUGGAAUGCCCGGUGGUCAAAUGCCGGUGUCGGUCGAUAUGCACAAAAAGGAAGACUCCUGCCAGUCACGAUGAUAGUCAUCAACGUCCGCAUCAUUGAUCGUUAUCGAUGACGAUUGAAGGAGCAGACGACACCUACUACAAACUCACACACACUCACACCGAGCACCCACACAGACAGACAGACAAAUGCAGCAGCAAAACGAAUCAAAAUCGUACUACAUCUCGAUAGUAGGUAGAGGUGAGUUGAGUGCGUGCGUUCGUGCGGAAAGUACCGGCGCCAUGGGGGCCAGGGCACGCAAAAACCGGCAUGUGAUCGCAGGGAGGCAACAGAAAUAUAAGGUAAAAACAACAACUGGUGAUAUUUUUAACUUGUAAUUAGCAUUACAACAUACAACACUCACACACACAUAAACACAUCCUUACAUGCAUGCACACAAACAAAACACGUUGAGUGUUGAAAAACAAAAUGGAAGAAAAUAAAUAGAGAAGAUAAAAACAAACGCGAGAAAAAAAAACAGCACACGUUUAAUGUAAGUAGUAAUGCCCCGUUUACACUUCUGCUGGCUGCCAGCAUGCUGGUGUCAGUGUACUGCCCUCUUAGGAAAAAACGUUCAACUGUGGUCCAAUGAUCCAAAGUAUUAGACCAACGAAGGACCACCGUUGAACGUUUUUUUCCUCAGAGGGCAGUACACUGACACCAGCAUGCUGGCAGUCAGCAGAAGUGUAAACGGGGCAUAAGUGAGUAAAAAACCGUAGGACCGGGCGCAGCGCAGAAAGCGGAAAUUAUUAGUGAGAUAUUUAAUAUAUAUACAUUCAACAAAAAGAGAGCGAGCGAGAGAGAAAAAAAACGGUCCUCAACCCCUCCGGCGAUCAACAAUACGGUGGGGUUUUGGGGAUACGAACAAAAAUUAUGCAUUUUUUUCCUCAAAUUUAGUGGAAAACGACACGCGCGAAUGCGAGCGCUAGGUGAGAGAAUGUGCGCUGUAGAUUUUUUUCCCGAUCAACUUCCCAACUACCACCCCCCUCCCCCCUACUACUCGUCCCAUUCUCCACCUUCUAAUUGUUAAGCAUUGACAGAAAACAAAACAAAAAACCCAGAAAAAAAAAACGGAUGAGUAGCGCGAGAGCGAAAAGCAAACAGCAAAUAAUAACAGUAACAACAACAACAAAAAAAACGCAUGUACUUUAUAUACAGUGUAAAUGUUAAGUAGUGAUAUUUGUAUAAAAAAAAAACAAAAUAAUUUAUAUUUGAGUCGAUGAGGGAAAGGCACCAGAAAAUUACCGAUGUGUUUUUAGUAGGUCCAGUGCACACACAAGCAAACAUACAUACAUACUCGCCGAUAAAUAUAGCAUCUAGAGGCAUAAUUUUGACAGCUGUGCGUGUGUGGUGUGUUAAUAGUGUCUACACGGUUCAUAGGAACCAUCUGCGCUCGCGUGCGUUUGUGUGUUUUGACUUUUUCACUAGGGAGAAGAUCACAUGUUUUUUUUUAUGUUUGCUAAACUUUUCUAAAGGUUUAAAAAAAACUGAAAAGUGUUUCACUUUUAUGUUCAGUUUGUAGCAGCAAUGUCAUUCAUUUCAGUUUUUGGUUCUACCACUUCAUUCUUCGUUCGCAAACGGCUUGAAUUUUGCCGAUCAGCAAGCCUUGACUUUGACGUAUUCAAAUUUUGUGCUUCUGACAGAUAGGCCGCUAGCAUUAUCUUUUGUUGUCUAUUCGGAAUUGUUCCAUCAAAGGAGUUUCCUGUGAAAUUCUCAACGAGUGAGCGCGUCGUAUCGUGUUAGUGCGGUCAAAAGUCGAGUAUUUCCCUACUUUGGCAACUCGAUGUUGUAACACAGUAAGAUAUUUGCUGGCGUCAUCUCAAGUGACGGUCACGAUAAUCAAAAAGAAGAAGAAGAGGAAGUUCGCGAUGAGGUUUGAAAAAGUCUCUAAACUCGAACCUGGUGUGGUAGGUUUUUUUAAAAAAAAAAACAGAAAAUGUAAUAUUUGGAACAGAUUUUUCGUCUAUACUAGGAUUUAUCGAUUUUAUCGCUUUUUACCGAUUGCGAUUUUGUUAAUACGAGUUUUAUUCAAAAAGUAUCGCCAAUUUUGAAUGUUUGAUCUUUCCGGUCGUUUUAAAAGUCCAGUCCAGGGAUGCCUCAGGUGCACAGAUUAAUCUGUGUUUCACAGAUUUUCAACAGAUUUCUGAAAUUAAUCACAGAUUUUUGAAAUCGAUCACAGUUUAGCUCCAAAAGGUUGAGUAAAAAAGUACAGAGCGGUUGGGUAGUGAGACCUAUUUUUUUUGCUCACUAAAAUGAUUCCGAUCAGCUAUUAUGGUACGGGAAACGUGCACAGAUUUUCACUGACAAGUCUUGGCUUGAUCACAGAUUCUUGGGAACAAAUGACCUGGCAUCCCUGGUCCAGUCAGUUUUUGACAGCUCUUCUUUGUGAACGUGUUUUCAGGGAUGCCAGGUUCACAGAUUAAUCUGUGUUGCACAGAUUUUCAAUUUUCUGCACAAAUUUUAAAAAUGACACAGAUUUUUGAAAAUGAUCACAGAUUUUCACAGAUUCUGGAAAAAAUCACAGAUUUUGACGGAUUUUUGAAAUCGAGCACCGUUUAGCACCAAAAAGAACAGAGCGGAUGAGGAAAAAAGUACAGUGAUUUUGAUCUGCUGUUAUGGUACGGAAAACGGGCACAGAUUUCCACAGACAGCGUUUGUCUGUUGCAUACGGUGAAGCUUCUUUGGGCAAAAAAACACGUUUAUCGAUGGUACAAAAUGUUCUCAGAAGGCCGAGAAGAUGUGAACGAUGAAGAGUGUUCUGGCCGCCUAAAGCUUGCUUCAGAUAGAAUUGGAACAUAGACAAUUGCCUGUAUUUCAGUUAUUUAUUAUUGAGUUCAAGAUCUUUUUUUAUACAAAUGUAGCGUUUUCUUUUUACUUUCAAGAAAAAAUACGAAUAAAAUGAUUCGUCACGGUUUCGAAGAAAUUCUCGAAUUUUUCCCUUUAACACGGUUCAUUAGGCGGCGCACAGCUUCUUCGUCCAUCGUUUUAGCUAUCUUAUUCCAUCAGGUGGUCAUCUGAUUGAUGCCUUUGACAACCUUUCCUUUUGCCUUGAGUCUCCUCUUCAUGAUUGCCCAGUAUUUCUCAAUAGGGCGGAACUGGGAGCAGUUGGGUGGGUUAAGGUUUUUCGGAACAAACUGGACCCCUUUCUCUGCAUACCAUGCUUUAACGACUUUGCUGUAAUGACACUCUUUUUGGUAUAGUUCCGAUGUCAUUGUCUUAUUUGUAACGAAAACUUUCGUUAAAUAAAUUUUCUUGCAAAUUUGUCGGCAAAAACAAAUUUAAAUUUGGCUGAAACACCCCCCCGAGCCGUUGCCAAGUAAAAUUUUUGACCUAGGUUUCAUCGUCCAUCAGAAGACACCCGUCGAACUUGGUCAGCACCUGGUCAUAUAGUUUCCGAGCACGAAGUUUGACCACACUAUUCUGUUUUAUGGUACGAUUUGGCUGUUUGCUAGCUCGAUACGACUUGAUUCCUUCCCGGAGUCGAGUUCUUCUCACGGUACUAUGGCCUGCACCGAAUUUUCUGGCCAAAUCACGGUCCGACAGAUUAGCAUUCCUCUUAAUCGUCUUCAAAAUCUUACCACGCAGUUUCCGGUCGACAGUUCCACUCCGAUGAUUGGCUUGAGGCUUCCGAAUCGUCGUCAAUGUUUCCUUGUACCGUUUGAUAACGCGUCAUACGGUAUUUCUGGGAAAUUUCAGUUGUUUAGCUAGCCUAGAUGCAGACCACAAUGGAUUUUCCAAAUAACUGUGCACAAUUUUUUCCCUUCUUUCGGCUUCCAUGUUGAUUGUUUACAAAGUACAGUCGAUUUGCGGAAUGUGAAAAAUAAUACGUGAAGCUGACAAAAUUCCUGAUACGUGGGCGCCAAGAACUUCCAAAUCCGUCCACCAGGAGGGCCACAAAUGAGCAAAAGUUUGUUCCAAUUCUAAAUGAAGCAAGCUUCACUCGUCCAGUUCCAAAAAUUUCACCUUGAAAAUACGAUAUUUAUUGUCGUUUUAUUUCAACCCACUUUCAUAAAUCGCAUGUUCAAUUGUUUUUUCUAAUAAAUUGUGUGCGCAUCACAUUUUUAAACCGACCGAAGAGUUCCUAUGUUUUCUAGUGCAAUAUUACAAAUUUUAGUUUCUUUCAAAAAUAGGUAAUAAAACCGAUCAGUCUACACUUGAAGGAUCUUCCCAUAAUUGAUAAUGGCAGCACUUUCCCAAUUGACAGCUCGAACUCGAAUCUCACCGGCCUACUUAUCAAUUUUUGUUUCAAUUUCCGCUUGUUCCGCUCUGUUUAUUUACUAAUUUUUUUUAUGCACGCACAAAAAAAAACAAUCGCAAUCGAUUCCGGUGAUCUUCUUGGUAGAAGGAAAAGCGAACAAAAAAUUAACUCACAAAAAUAACACCACAGACGUUAGUGCCAAAAUUUUCGCCUGGAAAUUGUUUCUUUGUUAAAGGAAGCUUCCGCACUUACCAUGCUGGUGUCCUUCGAACCGACGGAACCUGGCUCGGGGCGCAAAGUGUAUGUGUAUGUGUGUGUUUGCACUCGGCAGAACAAAACAAACAAAACCGUGAAAAAAAAGUAUCGAUGUGUAGAUAAGUUGACGUCGUCGUAGAUACAGUAAAAGAAAACAAAAAAAAAAAUAAACAGCAGCAGCUGCUGCAGCGACAACACAAGCAAACAAGCGAAAGCAAACUGUAAAGUAGAAUCCUAACGAAACACAAACCUAAUUUAAAAAAGAAGAAGAAGAAGCAGAAGAAGGAAAGAAACAUGCAAUUGAGCAAGAGUUAGAAAAAAUGAAAAAAAAGGUUAAGAUGCAAGUAGGAAAGUAUAAACAAUUUUUUUCUGAUAGGUCUAAACUAUGACUAAGCUCGAGCGUGCGAAUGUGGAUGUGAGUGCAAGCUAACGACAAACGGUGAUUAAUAAUCAUUAAACAAAUUUAAAAAAACUAUAUAAAUAUAGAUAUAGAUAUGAGCUACGAGCAGUCAGACUAAGAAUCGAUGUGAGAGAUAAUUAUUAUUAGUAUUGUAAUUAAAUUGAACAUAAAAAGUCGCGAAUAUUUAGCGAAAACACAGAAAUCGGAUCAUAGCAAUUAGACAAAAAUUAACACAAACCACAAAAGCUGAACACACACACAAAUAAAAUAAAUUAAAAACAGAACAAGGACGCUCACAAGCUGAGUUUACGGGGGACUGUGCGACCCAAAACAGCAAAACAACAGAAAUAAACGCUCGAAUGGAAGAGUAAUUUCGCUAGUGAAACAGCAACAAUGAGAAAAAAGAAAAGAAAACAACAUUUACACCUUCGAAAAAGGGAGUGGUUGUAGAAACGUGUCGUCGUCCUUGUCCUAGAAACAGGUUAGAGCUGUAGCCUAAUUUAAUUGUCCCGACAUUUUUAUUUAUUUGAUAGUCAUUUUUUUAAAUAAAAAUAUAAAACAAAUGAAAAAAAAAAUGCAAAUCAAUCAAUUAUUCAUUUUUUUGUCGCCUAUCAAUUAUUUUAUUAUUUUUUUACGAAUAAAACCAUUCAUACUCAGAAAAAAUCAUUUCUCUUGUGUUUUAUUUCAUUUCGUUUUUCGUCCCUGUCCUGUCCCAGUUUUCGUUUGUUGAGUCGUCGUCAAACCAUCGAUUCUCUCGCCGUUUUUUUGGAAUGGAAUGGAAGCGAAAGAAAAAUGAAGCACAUACAUACAAACACACACACACACAGAAACAUUCAACAGCAGCACUGGCACUGGCACUGGUGCGCGAGAAGCACACGCAAAAAAAAAAAGAUAAUACAAACGUUGGAAAUGGAAGAGCUGAAGCAAAAGAGAACAAAUAAUAAACUAUGACUAUAUAGUGUAAAAAAAUGGCAUGAGAGGAGAACAUGAAACAUUAAUGAGGCGAGUAAUUGAAACAAAAGAGAGAAUAAAAUACUUUGUAAUUGUAAGAAACAAGGAAAAAAACGGAAAUCAUUAUGAUUAAAAAGUAAAAUAGUAAGAAAAAAUAAAUAUUUAAAAAAUA